AUGAAACAACAACCAAGUCGAGGUAUGUCAUUCAGGGGUACCACAGAGAAGUUUGGGAGAAAUGACAACAGCAAUUAUUUAGGAUUUUUAGAGUUAAUAGCUCAAUUUGAUCCAUUCUUGAACAAUCACUUACAAAAAUAUGGAAAUCCGAGACGCGGUAAUGUCUCAUAUUUAUCAUCUUCUAUUUGUGACGAGUUUAUUGGAGUUUUAUCAAAGCACGUUCGUGAUUUUAUUAGUAGUGAAGCCAAAUCGGCGAAAUAUUUGUCUAUUUCCGUGGAUUCAACGCCUGAUGUUAGUCACCUGGACCAGCUUACUUUUAUUCUUAGAUAUGUCAUAUGUGAUGGCUCUCCUAUAGAACGUUUUAUUACCUUUAUUAGUAAUACUGGCCAUAAGGCAGUUGACAUGGAAACUGCGGUUCUUAAGAUAUUAGACGAGUUACAGUUAAAUAUUCAAGAAUGUAGGGGGCAGUCUUAUGACAAUGCCAAUAAUAUGUCCGGUCAAUAUUCAGGAUUGCAAGCUCUCAUUAAAAAAAUGAAUCCUCUAGCCUUAUUUGUCCCCUGUGCGCCCCACUCUCUUAAUUUGGUAGGAACUUGUGCAGCUGAGUGUUGUAAUAUGGCCACUUCAUUUUUUAUGUUCUUGGAAGAAAUAUAUAUUUUUUUUUCAGCAUCCGCACAUAGGUGGCAAAUAAUGACAGAAGAACUCAAUAAAAUUCCCAAUGCUUUCUUUCCAAAAAAAUUAUCUGUUACUCGAUGGUUUGCUCGCGCGGAUUCCUGUAAAGCAAUUAUUUUAGGGUUUUCUGCGUUUAAAGAGUCAUUAGCAGUAAUCGAAAAUGAUAUUACACAGCCAAAUAGUACAAAAGUUCAAGCAAAAGGAAUUAAAAAUCGGUUCGAAGAAUUGGAAGUUGGGAUUUUGUUAAAAUUAUGGGACGAUAUUUUAACAGAGUUCAAUAAGGUUAGCAAGUCAUUACAAGCUACUGAAAUCGAUGUUUCUUUAGCAGUCAAAUUGUAUGAUUCACUUAUUAGACAUGUUUCACAACAACGCGAACGUUUUGCAUAUUACGAAAAAUGUGGCAAUGAACUUACAAACUGUUCCACAUAUAAAUCCGAUAAUAAAAGAAAAAAAAAGUAG